CGUGGCUCCUCCCGCGUCCGUAACCGUCGCUGGAGGCGGUUGGCUCUCGCGCCCGUUCAAACCUUCAGCGUCUCCUUCAUCUGACGGAGGCUUUCUCUGUGGCUCGGGUUUGGUCCAAGCUCAACCGCGGCAGGCAGGCAGAGGGCCCGGCGGGCAGGAUUGUUUGAAAAAUGCCCCGGAGAAAGUUUGCUGAUGAAGAAGUAGUGAUGGGCCGAUGGCCUGGAAGUGUUUUGUAUUAUGAAGUACAGGUAACCAGCUAUGAUGAUCUUAACCAUCUUUAUACCGUGAAAUACAAGGAUGGAACUGAACUUCAGUUGAAGGAAAGUGAAAUGAAGGCAGUGUCAUCUUUUCGCCUUAGAAAAAGCAGCUCUUCCUCAGGUUCUCCAUCACGACGCAGCAGUAGCAGAUCUAGAUCAGGCUCUAGAUCUCGAUCACCUGGUCGACCAGCCAAACACAAAAAGCGUUCUUCCUCUCAAAGCAGAGAACCAAAAAAUGAAAAAAACAUGGUUGAGGAGCCGAAUUUGAUUCCUUUGAAACCUCAUGAAAACAAUACCAACCAGUAUAAUGGGGAGCCGGAGAUAAAACAAGUGAAUUAUUCUUCUCCUCGCAGCAUUUUAGAGCGCCAAAGAAUUGAGUCUGAGCAAGCCAGAGAGCGCAUUCUGGAACGAUACAGUUUAUAUCCAAGAAACGAGGAGAAGAGAAAAGAAGAAAAGUAUUCUGAAGAGAGAAUUUUUGAGACACCAAAAACUAUUGGGAAAGUAUGCCCGAAGACAGAAGAACUAGAAUUUGGAGGAAAGAUUGGUGCAUUCUUUAUGAUACUUCUCCUGCCUGUAGCAGUGUUUUAUUUGUUGGUGUUGUGCUCACAGAAAGAUCCCAGUGUUCUAAAUUUACCUCCUUCCCUCCCAGCUUUUGAAAGUCUGUGGGAGGCAAGAGUGUUUGGUGUCUAUCUGCUUUGGUUCUUUCUCCAGGCCUUGUUUUACUUACUGCCUAUAGGAAAGGUUGUAGAAGGAACACCCCUUUUGGAUGGAAGUAGACUGCAGUACAGGAUAAAUGGAUUCUACGUGUUUAUCCUAACAGCUGCAGCUGUAGGAGUAUCUCUCUAUUUUGAAAUACAAUUUUAUUACAUAUAUGACCAUUUCAUUCAGUUUGCUGUCUGCGCCACAGUCUUCUCUUUGGUGUUCAGCAUUUAUCUCUAUGUCCGUUCCCGGAAUGCAUCUUGGAAGGAAUUAUCAUCAGGGGGAAAUUCUGGGAAUAUCAUUUAUGAUUUUGUAAUGGGGCGCGAGUUAAAUCCACGCAUUGGAAAUUUUGACUUGAAAUAUUUCUGUGAACUACGACCAGGCCUAAUCGGCUGGGCUGUUAUUAACUUCGCAAUGCUCUUGACUGAGAUGAGAGUGCACCAUCUGGAUAUGCCCUCUUUGUCAAUGAUCCUAGUGAAUAGUUUCCAGCUCCUCUAUGUGGUUGAUGCUCUUUGGAAUGAGGAAGCUAUUUUGACAACUAUGGACAUCACCCAUGAUGGAUUUGGCUUUAUGUUAGCAUUUGGAGAUUUGGUGUGGGUUCCCUUUCUCUACAGCCUACAAGCUUUCUAUUUAGUGAAUCACCCCAAUGAGAUGUCUUGGCCAAUGGCUUCAGGAAUUAUAGCUCUGAAUUUCCUUGGAUAUUACAUUUUCCGAUGUUCAAAUUCACAAAAAAACUCAUUCCGAAGAAAUCCAAAGGAUUCAAGACUUAACCAUUUGAAUGUUAUUCCCACUGCAACUAGAAAAAACCUCUUGGUCUCUGGCUGGUGGGGCUUCGUGCGUCAUCCUAACUAUUUAGGGGAUAUUAUCAUGGCCUUGGCUUGGUCCCUACCUUGUGGAAUUAAUCACAUUUUACCAUACUUCUAUGUCAUAUAUUUUACUGGUUUGCUUAUUCAUCGUGAAGCCCGUGAUGAACGUCAGUGUAAGAAAAAAUAUGGCUUAGCCUGGGAGAAAUACUGUCAUCGUGUACCAUAUCGCAUAUUCCCUUAUAUCUACUGAUCCCUCUUAAACUGGUGGAUAAUAUAUAUUCAGUUCCUGCAGUUCAAAUUUUGUUUUUGCCAUAAACAACAUACCUCAUACCAUUGCACUUGGCACAUAAGUUAAUUCUGCUGCAUUUUCUUAAAGAUGAGUUCAGGUAUCUUUACCAAUAAUCUUAAGAGAUGCAGUCUAUUCUGUAUUUUUAUUGCCCAUUUGAAGCAGCAACUAAUUCUGGUUGUUUAGUCUAUUAAAAAGAAAAAAGAUCCGGUCUUUGCAUUAUUUGUGAACUGGUUGUUCUGUUGAUGACUUCAAGAUGUGAAUGAAAGGGCAGUUAUAAAUUUAAAACUCAGACCUUGCCUAGUCUGUAAUUUUAUUUUCUAUAGAAGCAACAUCUAUAUAUAUAAAAUGAUAAAGUUGUUUGCGCAGUGACUAUAACAACAAAACUAAACAUCCCAGAAAUACGAAAUUUGGCAACACAAUGCAAAAGGCUUGCAUCCAGGUUACAACAACACAACCACACCACAAAACCACAAUCCAGACCCACAAAACUCACAACAACGCAUCAUGCGAUAACAACACAACUAAACGCCCCAGAAAUACAAAACUUGGCAGCACAAUGCAAAAGCCUUGCCUCCCAGUUGUAACAACACAACCACACCACAAAACCACACAGGACCCACAAAACUCACAACAACGCAUCAUGACUAUAACAACACAACUAAACGCCCCAGAAAUACGAAACUUGACAACACAACGCAAAAGCCUUGCCUCCCGGUUGUAACAACACAACCACACCACAAAACCACAAUCCAGACCCAUAAAACUCACAACAACGCAUCGUGACUAUAACAACACAACUAAACGCCCCAGAAAUAUGAAACUUGGCACACAACUAAAUGCCCCAGAAAUACAAAACUUGGCAAAACAAGGCAAAAGCCUUGCCUCCCAUUUGUAACAACACAACCACACCACAAAACCACAAUCCGGACCCACAAAACUCACAACAAUGCAUCAUGACUAUAACAACACAACUAAACGUCCCAGAAAUACGAAACUUGGCACACAACUAAACGCCCCAGAAAUACAAAACUUGGCAAAACAAUGCAAAAGCCUUGCCUCCCAUUUGUAACAACACAACCACACCACAAAACCACAAUCCGGACCCACAAAACUCACAACAAUGCAUCAUAACUAUAACAACACAACUAAACGCCCCAGAAAUACAAAACUUGGCAAAACAAUGCAAAAGCCUUGCCUCCCAGUUGUAACAACACAACCACACCACAAAACCACACUGGACCCACAAAACUCACAACAAAGCAUCAUGACUAUAACAACACAACUAAACGCCCCAGAAAUACGAAACUUGGCAACACAACACAAAAGCAUUCCCUCCCAAUUGUAACAACACAACCACACCACAAAACCACAAUCCGGACCCACAAAACUCACAACAGUGCAUCGUGACUAUAUCAACACAACUAAACGCCCCAGAAAUACAAAACUUGGCACACAACUAAACGCCCCAGAAAUACAAAACUUGGCAACACAACACAAAAGCCUUGCCUCUCAGUUGUAACAACACAACCACACCACAAAACCACAAUCUGGACCGACAAAACUCACAACAACGCAUUGUGACUAUAACAAAUACAAAAUUUGACAACACAACUCAUCCACCUCCCCAAUCCCUACAUUCACACUUGGCCUCCAAAAAAACAAUUACAAUAAUAACAAUGACAACAACAACAACAAUAAGAAUCAACACCAUCACAGGCAAGAAACAGCCAGGCACUGAGGCUGAGAGGCCAGUCAGUGCUACACUGGGCCUCCAAAAAACAAUACAGUAGCAUCUAACUUAUCCAACCUUCAUGACCACUACAACAACAAUAAUAAUAAACACCUACACAGGCAAAACAAAAAAAGACUAUUGUACCACAAUAAAAAUAUAAACCGCACUCAGCAGAAUCAGACAUUACAACUAACAACAAACAAAAGACAACAGGAAUCUCAAGCAAUUAUCAAUCAACACAAAAAUUGAAGAAGGUAACAGACUUCAAAUACUACUACUAAUGUGAGUAUAAAGAAGGUGGAGCUCACAGCAUAAAUACAACCUAAUGUAGACUGACCAGCACCACCAGACUAAGCCACAGCAACGCGUGGCCGGGCACAGCUAGUAUAUAAUAAAUUAACCCUGUAAGUUCCAGCAGAGUGAAUUCGAUUAAAGCCCAGUCCCUUAGUCAGGGUUGGUCUUACUCAGGUCUGUCGAGCACAAGUUCCCUCUGGCUAUUUGCAUUGGUGGCAUUAGCAGAAGAAGGUAGGAUUUCCAGGGCAACCAGCACAUAGGUGUCUUUAAAUCCUUCCUUACUAGAGAAACAAUCCCAAAUUUAAAUUUAGAAGGGCCAUUACAUGCCUGUUGGAGUUGUUAGUGAAAAAGAUGCGUGCCCUGUGCAUUCUGCUAUAAUCACCAGCUUAGUUCUUGAUGUAAAUGGGCUUUAAAAAAUGUUCUUGUGCAACUCACUCUUUGUGUCUCAGGCUUCAAAUGCAAGUGACAACAAAAGUGCUUCAUGCAGUGAUUAGUUAAUAGUGCAAGGUGUGGCUUAUUAUACAAAGAGUGAAAAAUAUAUAGGUGCAGCUGCUUUUUCCAGUUAGGAUUACAAACCAAUGCUUUGUACAUAGCUUUCCUUUAUAUUAUGGCAUUGAAAUAUUUUGGUGUACAGAUUGGAAGAUGCAGUAGUUUUUUAGAGCUAGAUGAUUUUUAAUUUUUUUGCUAAACAAUUUCCAGUAUUUUUGAAAUGUUUUGUAAAGUAUUGCUACGAAAUACAAUUUUCAACAAUUGAACUGUUCUUUUAAAUAUUGUAAUGACAAAUGCAUUAUGAACAUUGGAAAUGUAUUGAAAGUUGUGUGAAUUGGCAUUGCUACCUCAAUGUAGGUUAUUUUGCCUUUUUGAUACUGUUGGAGAUAAGAAAAAAUGUUAUCUCACAUUACUAUUUAAAUCAGUUUUCUAAAAAGAAUUAGUGAUUAAAGUCUGCCAUUUCUCAACUAAAUAUAUUUUUGUAUAUUUAAUUACUCUAGCCUCUUACUAUAGCUAUGGAAAUUUUUACCCCUCAAUAGCUUUAACAUCUGAAUUUUAUUGAAAUAUUUUUACCAAAUUGGCUAUGAUUGAGAGCAGAACAAUUGUCAUUUAAUAUAUGAAAUUACAAAGACAUAUAUUGAAAUGAUCUCUUCAUAGGACGAAUUCAAACACUUUUUGUAUUUAAUGAAAACUUCCCCAUUCAAUAACAAUGUGAAAUUAGCUGUUUUUAAUUUGAGUAGUGAGUGAUAUUUUACAUUCAUGUAUUUGUAGCAUACAUCUUGAUAACAUUAGAGUUUUCUUUUUUUAGUUUUAAAGUAUGUGUAAGGUGUGCAGGCACUGUGCCAGAAUGUUUAGGAUGGUUUCCUUUUCUUGUCUAACCUGGCGUUUGCUUGGUUUGAAGAACACGACUCCCUUUUUAUGCAUUUGAGUUGGGGAGAAGCAGGAUUCGUAUGUUCUGUGGUGAUGAUCUCUGCUGUGUCCUAUAUUUUUAUAUGAGCCAUUUUAGCUACUUCUGUACAAAGUUAUUUUUGUACAAAAUUGUAUUAGUUCACAUAUGUGGCAUAACAGUUCAAGACAUUAUCAUGACAACUUUCUUUAGACUACAUUAUGCCUUCUUGUAACCCUUCUCUUGGAUUACAAAUCGUAUCAUCCUGAUCAUACUCAGUGCUGCCUGUAACUGAUGGAAGUUGCAACCUAAAACAUUUGGGGGACGCAACGUUUUAAACCUGUGCAGUAGUUCAAAUUAUUUGUGUAAAUAGUUAUACAAAGACUGCCUUGCAAUAUAACCAUUUUAGACAUACUACUGUUUUCAUGUGAUUCUGGGAAGAAACCCCUUCUAAAGAAAACCUGGUUUUUUUUUCUGUUUUUACAUAAGCAUGUUUCUUCAGGAGUGUAGUUCCUGACUAAUAUAAACUGCAGUUUGUCAUAUUUCUUAUUUUUAUACAUUUACAAUGUAUUCUUUAGAUUGAAUAAAAUAUAUUGUAUAAUUAA